AUGUUAGCUUGUGUGUGUCAACCAACAGAAACAGCUUUACUAUUCAAAGGAGGACCACCUAUUACAAUGGGGCCACUAGGAUCUACGAAAACGAAUCAAAACGCUGACGAAGUUAUAAAAACUAUCGGGAUAUUUCCGAGAGAUGACAAUGUAAUUAGUGAUAGCAACAGGGAACACUCUCCAAUAAUAUCGAUUCCAAAGUAUGUCGAUUCAUCGGGUAAUCUUUUGAAUUUAAAAAAGAUCGAGAGAAAUGGUAAAACAACUAAAAUUCUAGUUAACCCAGUUUGUUCUGAGAGUGUGAGUGACGACAGCUGUACUCCUAAAACUGUUAAUACGAAAUGGAAUGGUAAGAAAAAGAGACUUAAAUUUGGAUUCAACAAAUGCAAAGACAAUCUACAUUCCAAGCAUAUAGACAGUGGUUGCGUUGAGACCAAGGAAGAUAAAAAAUCCAUAUCUUGUUUUAAAAUCAAAAGUCGAGAUGAUAAGUCGCGUACAAAUGAAGACAGAAGUUCUGGUCGAGAGAACUGCACUAAUGAAAAUGCGAGUAAUUCAAUGAGCUCAGAUAAACCAGAUCUCAUUAUACAUUCGAGAAAAAAUAGCAAUGAGACUUCAAUAGAUGGAGAGGCUAUAACUGAUGAAUUUAUAGAUCAAGUAAAAGCAAAGAAACGAUGUGCUUCGAAUGGUAAAGAGUUGGGGGAAGGGGUGGAAUUGACGUUGGGCGAGUUGCGAGCGAUGGCGCUUCGACAACAGCAGCAGAUAGACACUCAGCAUCAGCUGCUCUGCGCCAAGGAACAGCGGCUGCGAUAUUUGAAGCAGCAAGAAGCGAGGCAGCAUCAGGUGGCGGUGGAAGGUGAACGGUUGCGUCGUCUGCGCGAGCGCGUUGAGGCUCAAGAACAGAAAUUGAGAAGACUCCGGGCUUUGAGAGGACAGUUGGACAGAAAUAAGCAGGCGAAUAUUGCUCUCACAAGUGACCUCGAGUCGAUUCGUGCGUUAUUCAAUGAAAAGGAGAAGGAACUGUCUGUGGCUGUGGCGAAGGUGGAAGAACUGACGCGGCAACUUGAAGAAUUAAGACGAGGAAGAGUCCAGACAGCACCGCCUUCAGCCCACGAACUGGAUAAAUUACGACGAGAACUUAUGUACCGGAAUAAGCUGAAUGAGCAACAAAAUGGAAGACUGUCAGCACAAAGAGCAGCUUUGGGAGCAAGGCAGGAGGAAAUGCGUAGUAUUGAUCGUCGAGUUUCUGAAUUACAAGCAAGAUUGUUGAGAAAACGAGCUUUGAAUAGACAGCUUGCAGCAGCACACCGACAGCCACAACAAAGGACAAACAAUCCAACUCCAAUGCAACAAUUGCCGAACUAUCCGCCAAACACAAACCAACCAAAGAAUCAGCCGGCGAGAGGAAACGUGGCAGCGGUAGAACCUUACAAUCAUGUACCACACGCGCAGAGCUUGCAUAGUAAUAACUUCCAAGCAAUGAAGCAGAAUGUAGUACAAAAUAAUGUGCCAUUAAAACAGCUGACUCAAACUGACAAUAUUCAAGGUCACUUAACGCAACAAGAAGCUCAUUUCUUACAACAAAAGCAAAUGAUGAACCCUCUGUACAAUGGUCACUACCCGCAUAUGCCUAAUGUACAAGAUAGCCAAUAUCAAGGGCAAUACAAUAAUAAACAAGAUGUUAAUUCGUUUGCUCAUGUACAACAAGGCAUCACAAAUUCUUACGAUCAAAAAGCAAUGUUUGAUCAUAUGAAUAAGUACAACGAAUAUCCAAAACAACCACAGUAUAGUCCCAACAGUACGAGCAGUUCUAACAGCAAUCAAACCGGUAAGGAAUUAAAAAUAAAUGAGCAAGAAUUCCCUCCAGAGUUUGCUGCAAGUAAAUCCGACCCUAAAUAUCAAACAUUGCCGUAUAAUACAAAGUUUCCUCAAAACGUCAAUGGUAAAUCAAAACAGCCCGAUGUAAACGGCAAAAGUAAUGAACAAGAUAACAAAAACCAAAGCGCCCCGAAUAUAAAUCAUAUGACGGUUCAUUCUACGCCACUUUCAGUUGUCAAUAAGAGUUUGGCGACUCCUCUUAAUCAGAAUGAAGCAGCAUAUCAACAGGAAAAUACAUAUCAAUUGCAAAAAUCUGAUUCUUCGAGCAGAUGUAAUCAGGAAGGCAAAGAAAAUCAUGCAUAUCCACAAAACUCUAGAUUAAGUCAAAAUAGUAGUCAGAAUACUUCAGAAGGUUCACGGAAUUCUGGAGGAAAGAAUCAACAAAGCAGUGCCUUGAAAGGCAGUUCGCCAAGUUUGCUGUUGAAUACUACAAGUGCUAGUAGUUCUAUCGGAUUUGGGAAACCCGUAUCGAGUGUAGCACCUACAUCGGUUCAGGUCUCGAGCGGCAAACCAUCACCCAUAUAUCAGACAUCCUCAACAAAGAUCCAACCAGUUCAACCACAAACCGUUCAGACCCAAAGCAUUUCUGUACCACCAUCAAAUCAUGUCACUAGUAAUAUGGCAAAUUCCCAACCCCAGAUAUUAAGGAACACUGCGUCAGGGCUAUCAGCUAGCACAACAAGCACUAACUUCAGCGGUCCAAACUCAUCAUCACAAAGUAUUUUGCUAUCUCCACCUCAAAGUGCCAGUACUCCUCUGUCAACGCCAGAUGUUAGCGGGACUGACAAAUCACCUAAACCAGCUUUACCUCCUAAACCCACUAUUAAGACUCCACCGAGGCAAACAAUAAAUCAUGAUGCAGGAUUCAAUCAAUCAAAUGAAACUAUUAACAUGCCAACAAUAACAAUGCCUGAUUCGUGUAAUGAUAACGAACAGCAGAAUCACAGGGAACUCAGCAAUGGAAGUAGCAAUAACGAGAUGAUUAUAAAAGCUCGACCAUUAACGAUCAGAAAACCGCCGCUAAGUGAACAACCCAAACUAAGAAACGUUAACAAUAUCAAAAACGGCAUCAGUGUCAGCAUGAACCGGCGAAUAGAAAUGCCACCAGCAUUCCUAUUCCCAGAAAUGGAUCAUUUGAAUCACGAUUCAAGUGAGAUGCAAAACGGACAAAAAGACAAAACGAAGCAGAAAGAUGAAGUCGACAGAUCAUUGAAUAAUAACAUAUCUUUAGUUUCGAACGAAAGGGAAGAUAGUAAAGAUACUGUUAUUACUGAUAUAACGGAGCAAGUCAGCUCGGUGGAUUUGAACGGUCAGGAUUCUCAGAGGUCUGAGAAUAUACUGAGGCGGUCAAAGAAAGGCAAUUUGAAACAGGGCGGGAAAACCGCUCUCGCGAGGCGAGUCAGCUUCGACCCUCUCGCAUUGCUAUUGGAUGCGAGUUUAGAAGGUGAAUUGGAGCUUGUCAAGAAAACUGCUACUCAGGUGCAAAACGCAAGCGCUGCGAAUGACGAAGGGAUCACAGCUCUCCACAACGCUAUAUGUGCUGGUCAUUUCGAAAUUGUUAAGUUUUUGGUGGAGUUAGGUUGUGAUGUAAACGCUCAAGAUUCUGACGGCUGGACGCCUCUUCAUUGUGCCGCUUCUUGUAACAACCUGCCUAUGGUCAGAUUUCUUGUUGAUAACGGCGCUUGCAUUUUUGCAACAACUCUCUCUGAUCACGAGACAGCUGCUGAGAAGUGUGAGGAAGACGAAGAAGGUUUUGAUGGUUGUUCUGAAUACUUGUACAGUGUUCAAGAGAAGCUGGGUAUCAUGAACGGAGGUACGGUGUACGCGGUGUUCUCAUACACAGCUUGUAGGCCGGACGAGCUGUCGUUUGACAGCGGCGCCCGGCUCCAGGUGUUGAGGAAAGGAGACGACAACGAACGGGAGUGGUGGUGGUGUCGCGACCACACCUCCGCAGAGGGAUAUGUACCGAGGAACUUGCUUGGGUUAUAUCCAAGAGUAACCCCACAGCAGGAAUGA